GGGGGGGGAGAACCCUAACGACGCUAUCUCAUCAGUCGCUCCGCAGCUGAUGCUACAGAUGGUUCUCUCUUCGGUCCCGGGCUACCGCGAGCUUCUGGGGGGACACGGUUCGGUUCUGUUCGGUGACGCUCGGUUCGGUUCCUGAACGCCCUCAGUCUGAUCGCCGGACAAAGUUGGUCCAGACGGAUGCGUCAGGCGAUCCUCGUCUCCAGAGCCAUCAGUUUGUCGAGUCGGAGCAAUGGCAUCCCCGUCCCUCCCCGUUGGACUAACGCUUCUGGUCUCCCACCACCACGUCUGAAUCCAUCAGGUCUGACUCCACCAGUUCUCCGCCACAGAACAGAACCAACAUUUUGCGGGGACAACUAAAGCCGGACCCCCGCCUCGGGACGCGAGGUUCUCGUCUCAACCGCCGGUGACAUGGAGAGCGGGGUUUUCACCGGGAACUUCUGAAGCUCAUGGAUCCGCCGAGUGAAGUUAUUUCAUCACUGCCACAGACGGGGAGGUUUGAGGGUUAGAAACCUGCCUCUGGAGCCGCCGGGAAUACUCGCUCAAGGCGGAUUUUACGCGACAGACGCACAACGGAGAAGUCAUCCAAACAGGUGGCCCGUCUCCUGAGCCCAUGGAUAUGAAUACUAAAGCGACCCUGCUCUGGGCCCUGCUCGUGCUGCACUGCGGCCCCACCGGGGGCAGCAUCCUGUACCGGGUGCAGGAGGAGCAGCCUCCCAACACCCUGAUCGGCAGCCUGGCGGCCGACCAGGGGCUGCCCGACUCGGGCCACCUCUACAAGCUGGAGGUGGGCGCCCCGUACCUGCGCGUGGACGGCAAGACCGGGGACAUCUUCACCACCGAGGUCCCCAUCGACCGCGAGACCCUGCGGGACUGCCGCGCCCAGGGGAAGGGAAAGCCCUGCUACCUGGAGUUCGAGGUGUCGGUGACGGACCUCAUCCAGAACCAGAGUCCCCGGCUCAUCGAGGGCCGCAUCGAGGUGCAGGACAUCAACGACAACACGCCGCAGUUCCCCUCCUCGGUGCUCACCAUCUCGGUGCCCGAGAACACGCACAUGGGCGCGCUCUUCUCCAUCCCCGUGGCGACCGACAAGGACUCGGAGCGCAACGGCGUGGCGGACUACGCGCUGGCGGCCGGGCCGGACGCCACCACGCUGUUCGGCCUGCAGGUGGCGGAGGACCGCGGGGAGAAGCUGCCCCAGCUCAUCGUGCUCGGGAUGCUGGACCGCGAGGUCAAGGACUCGUACGACCUGACCAUCAAGGCGGUGGACGGGGGCCACCCGCAGCGCUACAGCAGCGCCCUGCUCCGGGUGGUGGUCACCGACGCCAACGACAACUCGCCCAAGUUCGAGAAGUCCGCGUACGAAGCGGAGGUGCAGGAGAACAGCCCGGUGGGACACUCGGUGCUGCAGGUCAAAGCCAACGACUACGACAUGGGCCCCAACGGGGAGAUCGAGUACACCCUCCACCAGGCCCUGGACCCCGUUCCCAAGCUGCUCCGCAUCGACCGCUCCACGGGCAUCAUCUACGUGAAGGGCGCCCUGGACCGCGAGGAGGUGGACAGCCUGACCUUCUACGUGGUGGCCCGGGACCGGGGCCCGCAGCCCAAGAGCUCCAAGACCUUCGUGACCAUCGAGGUGACGGACCAGAACGACAACGCGCCCGCCGUGGAGAUCCGGGGCAUCGGCCUGGUCACGCACAGCGAGGGCGUGGCCAACAUCUCGGAGGACAUGCCGGUGGGCACGGCGGUGGCGCUGGUGCAGGUGUCGGACCGCGACGAGGGCGAGAACGCGGUGGUCACCUGCGUGGUGGCGGGCGACGUGCCCUUCCAGCUGCGGCCCGCCAGCGACUCGUCCAGCGACAACAAGAGGAAGUACUUCCUGCAGACGACCACGCCGCUGGACUACGAGCGGGUCCGGGACUACCGGGUGGAGAUCGUGGCGGUGGACUCGGGGAACCCGGCGCUGUCCAGCACCAACUCGCUGAAGGUGCAGGUGACGGACGUCAACGACAACUCGCCCAUCUUCUCGCCCACGCUGUUCGAGGUGGACUUCGCCGAGGAGAACCAGCCGGGCGAGCGGGUUCUGAACGUCAUCGCCGCCGACGCCGACAGCGGUAGUAACGCGGAGCUGGUCUACAGCAUCGUGGCCGACGCGUCCAUCAAGGGCCUGUUCGAGAUCGACCCCAGCUCCGGGGAGGUGCGAGCCCGGAGCCCCCUGGACCGGGAGCAGCGGGAGCGCUACGAGUUCCGGGUCACGGCGGCGGAUAAGGGGUCGACGAGUCACCGAGGCACCGCCACCGUGGUGAUAAGAGUCCUCGACCGCAACGACAACGACCCCAAGUUCAUGCUGAGCGGCUACAGCUUCUCCGUGCUGGAGAACAUGCCGCCGCUCAGCCCCGUCGGCAUGGUAACGGUCAUGGACGUGGACAAAGGCGAGAACGCCCACGUCCACCUCUCGGUCGAGCCCGACGGGGGGAAGUUCGUGGUGCAGAACGGCACCGGCACCAUCCUCUCCAGCAUCUCCUUCGACCGGGAGAAGGAGGGCAGCUACACCUUCCGGCUGAAGGCGGUGGACGGGGGCGACCCGCCCCGGUCCUCGUACGUGGGCGUGACCAUCAACGUGCUGGACGAGAACGACAACGACCCCGUGGUCACCAAGCCCGCCAACUACUCCUUCAAGAGGCUGUCGCCGCUGGCGACCCCGGACAGCCACGUGGAGGUGGUGGAGGCGGAGGACCUGGACAGUGGACCCAACGCCGAGCUCAGCUUCAGCAUCACCGGGGGCAACCCCUACCAGCUGUUCCGCAUCUCCCCCACCAACGGGGAGAUCACCCUGGCCAAGGAGCUGACCAGGAAGCACGGCGGGCUCCACCGCCUCGUGGUGCGCGUCAGCGACCGCGGGAAGCCGGCGCGCCACACCACCGCCCUGGUGCACAUCUACGUCAACGAGACCAUCUCCAACGUCACCAUGGUGGAGACGCUGGUGGGCCACAGCAUCUACACCCCGCUGGACCGCGACAUCGCCGGCGACCCGGACAACGGCUUGUCCGCGCAGCGCAGCAACAUCCUGUUCGGCAGCCUGGCGGGCAUCGCGGGCGUGGUCAUGCUCAUCCUGGCGGUGGUGUUCAUCCGCCACCGCAUCCACCGCGACACCAAGAGCGGCUACCAGGCCGGCAAGAAGGAGUCCAAGGACCUGUACGCGCCCAACAAGCAGGUGCCCAAGAACGGCAAGGGCAAGCGCGGCAAGAAGGGCAAGCCGUGCAAGUCGCCCAAACCCCUGGGCGAGGAGGAGGAGGUCAGCCUGCAGAAGAGCCACAAGUUCAACCUAGACGGGGGGGGCGACAGCCCCCGCAUCCACCUGCCCCUUACCUACUCCCCCGGCAGCCCCGACAUCGGCCGGCACUACCGCUCCAACUCGCCGCUGCCGUCCAUCCAGCUGCAGGCGCAGUCGCCGUCGGCCUCCCAGAAGCACCAGGCGGUGCAGGACCUGCCCGCCACCAACACCUUCGUGGGCACGGGCGGAGACGACAACUCCACGGGCUCGGAGCACUACUCCGACUGCAGCUACAAGACGGGCCAGUCAAAGUACAGCACCAAGCAGCACCCCCACCGGCGAGUCACCUUCUCCACCUCCCAGCCGGUGCAGCAGGACCUGCAGGACGCCUCCCACAGCUUCUACGACAGCGGCCUGGACGAGUCGGAGACCCCCAGCAGCAAGUCCUCCUCGGGGGGGCCCCGCCUGGGGCCCCUCACUCUGCCGGAGGAGCACUACGAGCGGACCACCCCCGACGGCAGCAUCGGAGAGACCGAGCACCCUGAGAACGACAUCCGCUCCCUGCCGGACGUGACGAUGACGGGGAACUGCACCCCGGAGUGCAGCGAGCUGGGCCACUCGGACGCCUGCUGGAUGCCCGGCCACCCCUCCCCCCUCCGCAAGGCCCCCCGGACCCUGCCCAAGCUCUCCACCUUCGUGCCUUACCAGGAGAGGGGCAGCCUGGGGCGCAUGGCCAACGGCAGCGCGCGCCCGGCCGGGGAGGAGCCCCCCAGGCCCCGCCUCCCCCCGUCCCGCAGUGCCUACGGCCCCGGAGGAGGCCGCGCCCCCUCCGGAGGAGGCCACGCCCCCUCCGGAGGCGGGGCCGGCCAGGACUGUCCGCUGGAGGAGAUCCCUCUGAAUGUUAGUGCCGGCGAGUUUCAGGCCGCCUCCCCCCCCUCCGCCAACACCCCCAAGAGGGAGAUCUACCUGUGAUCGCAAUGCAUUGUGGGUCCCCCUGGUUUAGACACGCACACAGUCGCCCACGGGCACGCUCGCACGCACACAUGCAGUCUCCUCGCAUACAUGCACACACAUAUACACACAUGCGCGCACACAGAAAACAUGCACACACACACACACAAAAGGAUAAAUAGGCAGUCCAAUCAUCGAAGCCAAUGCCCUUUUUGUAAUUAACAGUAAUUAACAGUAGCCUGUAAUGUGCUUCAUUGCUGGCAUGGAGCAUAUUCCUUUUCUUUAUUAAAUUAUUCUGUUUAAUUAUGAGCUUAUUUAUUGUGAAUUCCACUAAUUAGUUGAAUUAUUCAUUUAUCUAUACAAGUUCCUUAAUUAAUAAUCCACACUGAAAUGCGAUGAUGGUCACAAUGGAAAGAAAAAAAACACCCGUUUAACCGCCCGCCGCCAACGACGGCUCGCGGAGUCGCCGUGCCAACACCGCACCCUUCUGAGGGUCUCAAAACGCUGACUCUCUCACGGCGUCGGAUUCGACGCUCACGUCACGAGGCCGACCGCUCCGACGUCACUCAUGGGAGUCCAGACGACCGACGCCCCGGAUGGACUGACGGACGCCCGGUCUCUCUUAAUGUACUAAAGUGUAAAUACGUUCAAUGGUGUGUUCUAGAUAUAUUUUUGUCUGGCAGAAGCUGAGAUGGCCUCAGAGUUUUAGCAUAUUGAGCUUUUCUUUGCUGCUGCUGCUGCUGUUCUGCACUGGACUGAAGGUGUGAAGGCGGAGCUAGAUGUUGUGGAAGGUGACGUGAAGUCUCAUGUAUGCCCUUUUAGUUACAUACACACGUACACACACGUACACACACAGUAACAUGCAAAGGCACACGUAGACACACACGCAGACACACACACAUACACACACACACACACACACACAAAGGUGCACAAAAAUGCACCCAUACAUUUGCACAAACACAGAUAUUUGUACACACACACGUCUGUGAGCCCCAAUCACAGCAGAAGAGGUUUCUCCUUUUGUCUGCAUGACUAGCAGAGGGAGCUGUGCUGAAUACACACACACACACACACACACACACACACACCCCAUGCUCAGCACUGUGACCUGACGUCCGUCUUCAGGGUGGUCUGCAGUCCCACGUCCGCUACAUGAGCUCAAACUACGUCACACGACCGUUCUCCAUCUGAGUGACAAUCGGACCCUCUCUCUAGCCGAUAGGCUGACUCUGAAUCAGCCAAUGGGCACGAGGCGCGUACUGUAACAGAGGUACUGCAUUACCUCCAAUGAGUUUGAAAAUCUUGUUUGUGGCCACAGCCUACGAGAACCUUAAAGGGCCCCUGUUUUCAGGGCAAACCAUUUUCAAACCAAUCAAUCUAGCUUGUGACAUCACAGGUGGGCGUGCCCUCCACCCUGAGGCCUGAUGGAUGCGUCCACCUCCACCCCUCCCAGGUGGUACUGUCCGUCAGGCUGGUGACCCCGGUAACCCCCUAUCCAUCACCCCCAACGAAGACCCGCCCACUUGUGAUGUCACACACGGCUACAUCUUCGCGUUAGCUGUCGGAACAGGGAGCCUAUUGGAUCGAUCAAAGACACUCCGGCGUCACGUGGCAGGUCGUCAUGACGACGGCUCGUGUAGCCCCGACCCGCGUCGUGUGACGGCGAGCUCGUCGCCGGGGGUUACAUUUAAACACAGAACACGAGGACCUUGGGUGGUUGAUGUUUGUAGAAAUAGGAUGUGGAAUGCGAAAAUACAAAAACAAAGAAAAAAAUCAAGUGUGACUCUGUUAGGGGAGGGGGGGGGGGGGGUUUCCUACGAGGAAGUAUCCGAAUCUGUCCGACCCAAUCAAGUCCCCCCCUGCUCCCUGUGUGUGAAUGAUAUUUUCUACGAGCCCAUGUUGGAGGAAACCCUGAACCACAGUCGCUGUCCAUUUCGAUGAUCGUUGUAUUGAGGACAACAUUCUUUAUUUGUACUCGGUUAAGCUUCUAGAUUUCUAUUCCCUCCACUCCUCCUCCUCCUCCUCCUCCAAUCGAGCAGAGGAUAAGAAAUAGGCCAAGCCCGUGGGCUUUGUCUAUCUUUACAAGGCUUCACCGAGUGAUUGUGAGGGAUGCCUGUGAAGGAGGCGAUCUAUUAGUGGGUAAUUGGAUUAUAAUGAUGACUACGGCGGGGCUGCCUCUCAGCCCCGCACAUCCCAGCCCACGCCUCUGAUUUGAACAUUGAUUCGAUUAGAUUCGUGGCAAACUUUUGCCGUUUGGUGGGUGACCUCUGCUUAGCGUUUUUCUUUCGGAGAUAGUGGCGGUGAGUAAGAGGGGUGCGCGAGCGAACGGACGUCUCCUAAUUAGAGUGAGUAAUGAGACAGGCGUCCGAGCGUCACAACCGGGCCAUGAUGCAGACCCCCCCCGCUACGCUCCACUACGCUCACUUAAAACACCCGGCUGGUUUCAUCUGUGCUCCUCUCGCGCAUCACCACGGAGCGAACCAUAUUUUAAAUAAUUAGGAAGAAAAACACACACACACGCGGAAAUGACCAGACGUCCCAGUUAUUAAAUACGGUUGGUGGACGGUGGGUCUCGCUGCCCCCGAGGGACGGCUGAGCACUUCAUGCUGUUUCCGAAGCCGUUUAGCGAGGUGUAAUUCAUGCGAAAAGUUUGGAUUAAAGCCAAAACAGGCAGCCAUGCAUCGCGUGGCUGCGCUGGGCUGGGCUAGGCUUCACGCGGAGGUGCGGCGGCCGCGGUCGUUGACCUGGAAGUCAUGAGACGUGUGAGAGCAGCAGCGGCGAGCGAUGAGGCCCAGCCGCCCAGCCACGGUAAUGACUUUAUCUUGUCACUCGACUCGGUGCAGAAGCCAUUCAGCUGCACUGGCUUCUGCGAUGACAUGGACGUUAGUAAUCUAACCUGGCAUCCAGUGUGGCUGCUCUCUCGCUCCCUCCCUCUCUCGCUCCCUCGCUCGCUCUCUACGCUUUGUAAAGGACAACAACAACGGAAUUUCACAAAGUAAACAGAGACAGGAACGGCGUUGUGCGAAUCUGCCGAUUUAUAAAUCACACGCGGUAACAGCAACGCCGUUUAGGAAACAGAACACUCGGCCAGUCGGUUUGUAGGGCUGAGUCGGAGGGGCCGUCUCAGCAGUGGUCCAGAGGUGCAAACACACAAGUCGUCACCUAUAGACGUUUCCUUCACACCUCCUCGGUGUUGGAUCCUCUCGCUGCGCCCGCCUGCCCUGCUCGCGGCCUCAGUCUGUGGGAGCGGCUGCUCUCGCCGUGACCGUGCCCUGACCCCAGGCUGAAUCAAUAUCUUUAGCUCUUCUUUUCUCUGCUCCCGAAAAACACGAAUUCUAAAGCGCCUUCACCGGGCGGGGAGGCACCUGAACACGACGGAGUGAGAGGCAACGGGGGCUUCAUUUGUGUUUUGGUGUUGAUUUCAUGUUAACUUCACUUGAGUAUCUUUUUGCCUAACUGUAACGUGUAUUGUGCUGGUGAACCUUGUGUGGACAGAUGGCUUAACGGUGCGUAGUGAGUACGGGCGUCGGAUCUUCUAGCGUGCUGGUCCCAGUCUCUUAGCAAACUGGUUGUGAAAAAAAUUGUUUCAAAACUCUUUGGUGGUGUAGUGUACAUAGGUAUCACGCCGCCCGACACGUUAAGCAUGAAUUCCAAAGAUUAUUGGUAGAUACUGUUUACUGUUUUUUCUGAGAUGUUAGUGCUGGCUCCUCUGGCGGGAGGAAGUGGGGUGUGUGGGGGGGGGGUCUCAAAAGAACUGGAAGGACACGGACACUCUUCAUCUUUUACACACUGAACACCUGCAGAAGACCAAUGCCUUGAGACCACGUCUGAGCGGGCUUCUAGUUGUUAUCCUAACCGUUGGUAUAUUUAUAUAGGACUCAAAAUGCUUGUGAUGCCAUGUCUUUGUACAGUUUUAUGUACAUAUAAAGUGAAGCUUUCUAAAAGUUCUGACCGAGAAAAUUCGGAUGGCAUAUAAAAAUUGUAACAUUGUUUUCUUGAUACGUGCACAUCUUGCCUUGGUUGGGGUGGACGACUGCAGAGUCCCAGUGAAUGUGGCCGUUCUAUGCCUGCACAGAAGUCACACGCACACACAUACACACGCACACGUAACACACACACACACACACACACACACACACACACACACACACACACACACACACACACACACACACACACACACACAGGCACUCCUGAGGACUUUGAAUUCAGAUUUUAUGUUUCUCGUGAACAGUGGAUUGUCUUAUCCUACCAGUUUGUUAAAUUCCUGUUCUGCUUCGUUCCGUUUUCGCAUGUUGACAAAAAUCCUUGUAAUAAUGUAAGUCCUCAUGAAAUUUGUAAUAAAAUCACUUCAGGGAAAAGUAAA